UUCUCUUAGUGGAAGGAGAUGCGCGGCGGUGUGUUGUGUUUAUGAAUUUGAUAAUAGCAAAAAGAAUCACAAAUGAAGCCAGGUGGAUAAUUUUACAAUAUCUUAGGAAGUGGUAUUUUACACGGCCCGAGUGUGCAGCCCGGAGGCGAAGUGAGUGCUUUGGAAAUAUUAGUGUUUUUAGUGUAGUGUUUGGAGUGGUGGUUGUGAGCAUGGCCCUCAGCUGUGGGAAGGAGGUGGCGGCGUCGUCGCUAUGAUAUGUGCGGCCACAGAUAGGGAGGCGGCCUGCAGGAGUGUUGGAGGUCCCGGAGGUGGAGUGGGAGGCUUGCUGGGCGCUGGCGGAGUGUUCACGGCGAUGCCUCUCUCCCGCACCCGAUCCUUGCUGGCCAACAUCAACGGUGCGGGUUCCCCUGGCGACACCACCAACACCACCCUUUCGAACACCAGCAGCAACGCCACCACAGGCACCAGCGCCUACCUUGAGGGCGGGAGCACCACCCACUUGCCGCCCCUAAAGCCCCUCACCAUGAAGACCACGGGCGCCCAGUCCAUCACGCAGCUCUACGAGUUCGACGACACCAACUCGAACUCGGAGCAGAACGGACAGCCGAACUCUGUGUCAAGUCAAGUGAACACCGACUCGUCCAGCCUGCCCGUGGUGCGGCCGCCCUCGGCUGACUCGAGUAGCCUCAAGAACGGCUCAACCAGACAACCAAAGACAUAUGUAGCUACCCCUGAACAAGUCAUGAAAUAUUAUAUGAACAAACUUACUCCUUACGAACAUAAAGAAAUCUUUAACUAUCCACAAAUCUACUUCAUAGGCGCCAAUGCGAAGAAGCGGCCAGGUAUCAUAGGGUCUGGGAACCAGGCAAUCUCCUCGAAUUAUGGGUACGACGACCACCAGGGGUCGUAUGCCCACAUUCCUCACGACCACAUCCAGUACAGGUACGAGGUGCUCAAAGUCAUAGGCAAGGGGAGCUUCGGGCAGGUGGUGAAGGCCUACGAUCACAAGAGUCACUUGCACGUGGCCCUCAAGAUCGUCAGGAAUGAGAAGAGGUUCCACAGGCAGGCGCAGGAGGAGAUCCGUAUCCUCGAACACCUCAGGAAACAGGACAAAGACAAUACUAUGAACAUCAUCCAUAUGUUCGACCACUUCACCUUCCGCUCUCAUACGUGUAUUACAUUUGAGCUCCUCUCUAUAAACCUCUAUGAGCUUAUAAAGAAAAACAAAUUUAUGGGCUUCAGCCUCCAGCUGGUUCGCAAAUUUGCUCACAGCCUCCUCUUGUGUUUGGACGCCCUGUAUAAAAACAAAAUCAUCCAUUGUGAUAUGAAGCCGGAGAACGUACUGCUGAAACAACAAGGACGCAGUGGCAUUAAGGUGAUCGACUUCGGCUCCUCCUGCUACGAGAACCAGCGAGUCUACACGUACAUCCAGAGCAGGUUCUAUCGCGCCCCGGAGGUCAUCCUCGGCGCCAAGUACGGCAUGGCCAUCGACAUGUGGUCCUUGGGUUGCAUUCUGGCGGAGCUGCUCACCGGGUACCCUCUGCUGCCGGGCGAGGACGAGGCGGACCAGCUGGCGUGCAUCAUCGAGCUGCUGGGCAUGCCGCCCGCCAAGCUGCUGGAGCAGAGCAAGCGCGCCAAGAACUUCAUCACGAGCAAGGGCUACCCGCGCUACUGCGUGACGCGCACGCUGCCCGACGGCUCGACCAUCCUGCACGGCGGCCACUCGCGGCGGGGCAAGCCGCGCGGCCCGCCCGGCUCCAAGGCGCUGCAGACGGCGCUCAAGGGCUGCAACGACCCGCUCUUCCUGGACUUCAUCCAGCGCUGCCUGGACUGGGACCCCGCCACGCGCAUGACGCCCAACCAGGCGCUGCGGCACGGCUGGCUGCGGCGCCGCCUGCCCAAGCCGCCCUCCGAGAAGAGCGACUCCCCGGCCUCCACGCUGCGCACGCCCUCGUCGUCGUCGUCGUCGCGCACGCCCUCGUCGGCCGCCAAGCUCAACACCAUCGCCACGUCGGCCACCAAGCUGCGCGCCACCAUCACGGACGACGGCGGCGCCACCACGCUGCACCCGCGCCACCACACCAAGCUGCCGCAGAUCACCAACCCGGUCACCUGAGCCGCCGCCGCCCGCACGGGACGCCCCUCUACGCCCAGUGGUGCGGCCUCCCCCCCGCCACGCCCGCAGGGGGCCGGGCCGCUCACAUAUCACCAGACCAAAGUGCAAUUGUCGCAGUCUUGGGCGCGAGCACAGUGAGCGGCGGCGGGCGGCGGGCGGCGUGUGAGGCGGGACGCUCGCCCACGCCGCCCUCCGCCGCCCACGCCGCCCACACCCACUAGUCGAGCACGGCCCGCGGGCGACAACACCCUAGGCUUAGUGCUGUGCUGCGGCGCCCGCCCUCCGCCGCCCUUGAUUCCCGGCGAGCGCGGGGGCGGCCGGGCGUCGGCUGCGCCCCCCCUCGCCCGCGGCUGGGCCGGACGGGCGCCCGCAGGCUACUCGGUUGAUAUUACAACUUCUCUAUGAUCUCGCCUUGUUCACAAAGGGCGGCGCGGGCGGGCGGGCGGGUGUCCGGGCGCGGGAGUCCGCCCGCCCUCUCUCUCCCCCCCCGCCCCCUCCCCCCGGCCACCCGCAGUCAGCCUCUUGGUUUGCAAAUGCAAUCAAAACCCCGGGACGCGACUGGGAGGAGAGACUUUAUACUCAGUUUUUUACUUAGCACAAGGGAAAAAAGUUCAUCCAUUCAACGAACCUGAGAGUGUGAAUUUCGUCGUUUUGGGAGAAGAAAGGAAAGGAAAAGAAAGAGGAGGUACAUGUUGCGUGAGACUUUAGUCCUGAUCCGGAAAAAGCCACUCGGGAAAAAAAAGUGCUGCCAUUUCACUGUUCUCGAUCUCUCUAAACUAAAAAGCUCUGUGUAGGUCCGGGGAAGCAGAAGCAGGAAGCAGGAGCAAGCAGGAAACGUCGAAGGCAGCGGCCGGUGCGGAACCACUCGCUUCGGGACCGGGGACUCGCUCGCGCACUCGACCCGGAGUCAUCGUCCUCGGGGGCACGUCCUGGGGGCACGAUGGAAGGGGACUAGGUGACUGGUCCUCUCCUCCCUCCCCUCCUUCCCCCUUUCCCCUCUCGGGUGAAAUGCGCCUCGCCCUCAUGCCCAACGCCCGAGACCCCGGUAGUGAUGCCCAGUCUUCGUGCCCUGGGAGUGGAGAGCCCCUCCCCCCUCCUUCCCUCUUCGCUCCGCCUCUUUGCCUCGCCUCGCCGGAGACUCGUGGGAGACCGCGAGUCACUGGCUGAGUGCCCAGCCCGACUCGCCACGCCCGUCGUCAGAGUCUCUCCUGCCGGUGUUUUGCUAGGAGGGUGAGAACUACGAAGAGGAGGAGGUGGUGGAAGAGGGAAAAGGAGGACGAGGAAAGGGAAGAAGCAGAGGAAGAAGAGGAAGUAGAAGACGAGUAGAACGAGAAAAAAGGAAGCAGAGGAGGUGGAAGAAGUAGGAGGAGGACGAGGACGAUGACCGGAGUCUCGUGGCGAGCAGAGAGGCCCCCUUCAGGAGAAUCUCAGAGAGCGUGGGAGACGACGCAGCGGGCGCGGGGUCCGAGUGUGCGUCGUUGGAGGUGCCGGCCACGCUGCCCAGGCGAGGGAAGGAACGCUGCCAAAAUACCCUGGUUUCGGCAGAGCUUGGACGUGUAACCCGGCCAAGUCACAGGCUUUUUUUUUCUAGGCUGGGAUAGAAGACACGAUUGGAACUACUCUCUCUUUUUUUUUGAGUUACCCCUUAGAAUAUGUACGUUAAGACCUUCAGUUCUUCCCUUGUCGGGGUUUCCCCUUGUAGGGCGAAAUCCCGGUGGCAAGGAUGAUGGAGUUUCUUUCAUUUGGCAUUUACAUAAAUAGGGUGAUAUAUAUGUUGAGGUGUUGCACUGCCUUAUUUGCUCAUAUGGUAUGCCUACUGAUUUUUUUUGAACUCAGUGGUUUGAUAGAUCUUACCUUGUAACUGUAACUAGGUUACAUACUGCAAGAUGAUCGCAUUGAAGAUCUUUCAUUUUUUUAUUAUUAUUCUCUAAAUAGUAUUUAUUAUUUUUCUUCCUUUUCUCUGACAAUCGUGGCUGUCUUAGCGCCUGCCAAAGUUUCAUUGCAUCUUACGGGUUAAUCAGUCAUUAUGUCAGAAGUAUUAGUGUUGAGUGCAGGGUGUGACUUCGAACAUAUGCAGACUGCCACAAGGACCUGCAGAGAAGCUAACCUGGCCUAAGUGCGGGCGAGUGUUGAGGCUAAAAAACAUUGGCUUGUGUAUGUCGACUUUGGUAUCUUGAAUCUUAAUGUAAAAUUGGCUUUGGAAGUCAGAACCUUUUUUUUUGUCCAAUUUUUUUUUUCUCUCUCUCUCUCACAUAAAGACAUAGAGUUCAUUUUGUGUGAAGAUGCUGUAGUUAAUUUGUUUUUUUUCUCUUUUUGUAAGAAGUGCAAUAUUUUGUAGGAAAAAUAAAGAAAGGACGGCACAUUACGUAAAAAAAAAAAACGAAUAAAACUUUUCUAGGUUUGCAUGUCUGAGUCAAGCUCCUUGCGGCGAACUCCCUCAAGGCAGUCGAAGGUAACACAACAAGCUCCAGCCAAUUGGUCAGACUUCGAAACAUGUUUAGAACAAGUCCUGGCGCUAAAGUCAUUGGAGCCUGCUGUGUGUGCCUUGCCCUGGGACGAGGUAGCCUUGCAGAGAGGGUGUGUAUGAGCUGUGCUGGUGUUCUAGUAGUAGACAAGGGCUUUGGGUAGCCAUCAUGUGCACUCGGAAGGGACGACAGACAGACCGACCAUUCACUAGCACGAAGAGGCCAUGUGUAACAUUGGACAGGAAAAACCCUGUCACCCCACUAAAAAAAAUAAACACACAAACCCGGAAAUGGUUAGACACCGUCCAGUCACAAACACAAGAUUUUUUUCUCCCCCUUUUAAAAGACAAAGUGACAAAAAAAUACUCUCUAUCGUGGGACGUAGGUCAGAAGACGAUGAAAAUGCAAGGGAGGCAAAAAAGCAAUAUAUUUAAAGGCUUAAACUCAACAGUUUGGACCGAGAAAUAGUUACACUCUAACAGGGACAAAGCAAUGACAUAGACAUUGGCACAGUCGCCGUGUUGAAGCCGGAGAGAAAACGAGACAGCAAAAAAAAACAUGACUUAUAGCAAGUGAUAAAAAGAAAGAAAAAAAUUGCGCUAAAGACAUAUCACUUCACAAGGGAAAAUAAAAACAAAAUCAAAAUAAGAAUAGCUACCCAUAAAGCACAAGACAUAAAAUUGCUUGUAGGAGACAUCUCUCUGCAACAAUUAUGCAAGACAGGUCAUUCAACUUAAAGUACUUAGGCGUGACUGGUAAACCCAAACAUUGGCAAUUUAUAAUCUGUAUUUUGGACCGUUUUCCAAUUUCAUUCUUGUUCUUUUUACCUUUUUAACAAAAAAAUGUGAAUUUGAUUUUAAUUGUUUGGAGUUUAAAGAGAAACUUCAAAGGUAGACAAAAUUUUGACACAGUUCUUAUAACUUGUAAGAAAGAUAUAUUGUGUUCAGAAAAAAAUAUUUUACAUUUAUAUAUAUAAAAAAAUAACAUUCAUUAGUUAUGCCCCCACAUCUCGACAUAUAGAUAUAUCUCAACCUGCCAUUUCUUUUUAGAUCCAUGUACUGUUUCUUUUCAUUUACGAAUAUCAAACUAAGUACAAUUCUCUCGUUUCUUCGUUCUUCCUUUUUUUUUAAAUCAAAUUGUGUUCUUUACGUCAUUCUUUCAUUCGCUGUUUUCAUCCAACUCAUCAGGUCUGACGUACUUAAUACUCUCCAAAGGUAUGGUCAGACAGACAAUCAAAAUAAUAUAUUAAGAGUUGGAUUUCCUCCUCCAGUGAAUAUAUAAUUUUCCCCCUAUAGUGUUAAUUUAUUUCUUGUUUUCGUUUUCAUUUUUUUUCUUUCUUUCAUUUUUUCUUUCAUUAGUCUUCGUUUUCUUUCGAAUUUCGUUUUCUUUCGUCUCGUCUUGCUUGAUUUUUUCCCGCCAAAAUUUUUGAACAAAAGAAAUCUUACUUCAGAAAGACAUGCCUGUCUACCUCUCUCCUCUUCGUCCUCUGUGUCUGACUUUGCAACAACAUUGACCAAAAGAUAAAUGACAUGCAUGGUAAUGAAUCCAAAUUGAUUAAUAGGACGAUAGAAUUGUAAUAAUAAGAUAAAAGCAGGGGUCCCAACCGAGAUAAUGUGCACAUAUAUUAAGGGCUUUCGGCUGUGUACAUAAAGAAAUAAAUAAAAAAAGAAUUUACUGGUCACAAAUGUACAUAGACAUCGUUCUGCCAGAGCCGCUCUCUCUCUCCGUCUGUGUUGUGUUUCAGGCAAAAGUUUUUUUUUUUUAUCUUCUAAAAAAACUAAAUUAAAAGUAGAAACUGGAAAAAAGCGAUAUUCAUUUUUUUUCUCUCUCUCUGUCUGCGUUCGUUGUCGCGGACUCUGACUUCCUUUUUCCCGCCAUCCGUCAUCCGAGUCAGUCUCAUGAAUCCUCUUUCGUUAUUCAUACCUCUUCAUCAUGUUUUUUUUUUUUAAUGAUCAUUUUUUUUUUUUUUUUGUCAUGUCAAGCUUUAUCAACGUCUCGCCAAUCCAUAGCGUCAAACCAGCAUUAUUGUGUAGUUUGUAGCAUAUCGUCAUGUGAUAUAAGCCGGAAGCCGAAGUCAGAGUCAGCUCCAGACGAACGACAUCUUUCCCGCGUAUCUUCUGCAUAUUUUAUUAUUUAUUAUUAUUAUUCUUUCCGAGCACUCAUUUGCCCCCAUCCCGUAUAUCCUAGAUGGAAACAGCUGUUCUUUUUUAUUGUAAUUCAAAUAAUUAUCAAUACUUUGAAAUAUUUCCUUCGUAUUGUCAAAAGAUGCCGUUUCCGUCAAAACCGUACAGGGUGACUCAAAAUUUUCCAUUGUUUCCCUUCCUCUUGCCUACUUGUAUUUACAUAAUGUACACAUGCUGUAAGACAUUGUAAUAUAGAUGUCGGAUAUAGUUAUUAUCAAUAUUUUUUUUUGGAUUUUUUUUUUGUGCAGAAUAUUGUACAUAAUUUUUUUUUUUUUGGAUUUUUUGAAGGAGAGUUGGAGCCCCUUGUACGAAGCUCACAGGAAGAUUUAAAAAUAAAUAAAUAAAACAAACCAACAAAUGCUAUAUGAAUGUGUUUUUUGUAUAAAAAAAGGUUAAAAAAUAAUGAAUGUACUGAUCAUAGACUCAUCUAGCCCCCCCCCCCCAACCCUCAACCCUCACCCCCCCAACCCUCAACCCUUUACCCCCUCCCCUUCCCCCCCCCUCUUCUCCCCCCACCCCCUUCCACCUUUUUGAUAUUUUUGUUUCAUCAAAAAUUCACAAAAGGGUUGAUAGAACAGCCAACGAUUUCAGCAGUAUGUAUAGAGUAAAUAAAUAAAUAAAUAAAUACAUAAAAAAAAAACAAAUAAAUAAAUAAAAUAUUUCUUACCGACAAUUGUUGUUGGGAAUACGUCUUUCCUUUUUUUUAAUUUUGUGAUAACUGUAAAACGGUAAAGUGAUGCUGAAUGAGAGAGAACAUUUGUAAAAAAAAAAGGGAUCCUGACCUUUAUGGCCGGGUGAAAUAAAGACUAGAAUGUGUAGGAACAAUUUCUGUGUUGUUAGGUAUCAAUAAACAAAAAUAUUCA